CAGUGGCCUAUAUAGGUGGCCAUCCCACCACCAGGCUCACUUCCUGACAGGACCUCCCACCGGCCCAGCCUUUCAGUGCAGGGCCCGGCCCUCCACCACCACCCGAGUUGCAGGAUGUCGAUGACAGACUUGCUCAACGCUGAGGACAUCAAGAAGGCAGUGGGGGCCUUUACCGCUGUCGACUCCUUCGACCACAAAAAGUUCUUCCAAAUGGUUGGCCUGAAGAAAAAGAGCCCGGAUGAUGUGAAGAAGGUAUUCCACAUCCUGGAUAAAGACAAGAGCGGCUUCAUUGAGGAGGAGGAGCUGGGAUUCAUUCUGAAAGGCUUCUCCCCAGAUGCCAGAGACCUGUCAGAGAAAGAAACCAAGACGCUGAUGGCUGCUGGAGACAAGGACGGGGAUGGCAAGAUUGGGGCUGACGAAUUCUCCACUCUGGUGGCUGAAAGCUAAGAGGCUCUGACUGCCCAGGUCUUCCCCCUCUGGCCCCGAACACCCGAUCUCAGCCCCUCUGGCCGCCUUCCUGCCUUUCUGUUCAGUUUGUUUGUGUUAUUUUUUACUCCCCCAUCCCUUAUGGCCCCUGGAUGACACCAUUCUUCUGGAAAAUGAUGGAGAAACAAUAAAGGCUGUACCAAUCGGA